GAUCGAAGCCUUGCUGGUCUUGCUUUUAUGUUUUCAUCCAGUAUCCUGCUGCAGAUCCUGGCUUGUGCACUAUACAACAACUGGUGGCCAAUGUUAUCAGCUCUCAUGUAUAUACUGGUGCCUAUGCCUUGUUUGUUCUUUGGGGGUGGUUCCACUCAAUUCUUAACCAGCCGAGAUGGUGGGGGUUGGAUAGAUGCGGCUAAGUUCUUAACAGGGGCAUCAGCAGUGGGGAGCAUAGCCAUUCCUAUUAUCCUUAGGCAUGCUGAUCUGAUAGGGAAUGGAGCUAUGUGGAUUGAGUUCUUCUCCUUCCUCGUAUUUGUCUGCACUGUCAUGUGUUUUCAUCAUGCUAACCUUGAAGAUGAAUGGUGAACGAGCAUUCUACAUUGGAGAUACAGCCGUGCAAGCGUUGUGUUGUUGAUAAUUUGGGCCAGUUUUAGUAGGUUACUUAUAAAAAUUAUGAGCUGCAUACAAGGAAAGGGAAAAAAAAUGGAAAACUUACCACUCUGUAACUCUGGAAUCUGUUUCUGUGCAUCUUCAGAAAACAGGUCUGAUAAACUCAUGUAUUACUCCACUGUACUCGGUUUGCUCACUGUAAUGGGUUGGAGUUUGAGGUUGGAAAUCUUAUUUAACAUUCUUAGAAGAGAAACUCUGGAAGAACGUUACUUCUCUUUUUCUUUCAAGCCAAGGUUUAUUGGCUCCAAUGAAAAAGAAAUCUGUUUAUAUUCUGAA